UCGCGAUUUUCAUUAUUAUUCCUAUGUCCGAUUUCUUGUUGUGUUAUGUUAAGUUAGGUCGGAUUAGCUUGCCAUGUUUAAACGUCAAAACGUGAUAACAUGGAGGUUAUGGUGAGAUCGAAACAGUUCAAGUGAAAUUAGGAAUAAGCUAGUCUUUGUAUUUCAAUUCUGUUCAUCUAUCGGCGUUUAAUAAUUCAAUUAAUUCAGUCCCACUUUUGCAUUGUUUCAUCCAAUUGAGAUAAUGAUAGAGCGCUACCGACAGGUGAUGAAGCUAAUAAGCGAACAAAUGAAGAGGUAUGGUAUGUCUUACAACGCAAAGGGAGUUGUAGAAAAUGCCGCUGAAAAAGUGCAGAUCAAACUCGCCAUUGCGCAGAACUUUGCGACUGAAAAAUAUAACAUCGUUACGAAAAAACUUAACGACCAGUCUAUCAUAAUACAAGAUUUAAAUGCAAAGGCAUUAGAAACAAACGUACCAUUGCCAGGAAAAAUCGUUAAAGUGUGGCAAUGGUACAACCAAUUAGUAGGAAUGGAUACAGUUGAAACAGCCAGAAAGCAAGUGGUUACCCUUCAAGAUAAACUAUUCCAAUGUCAUGAUAACAGGAGAAUUUUAAAUAAAGAAUUAACAGAUCUCACUUAUAAACUGCAAGAGAUCUAUGCGGAAUUAAUUCAAACGAAACGAGAGGAUCCCAAAUAUGUGCAAUUGACAAUAGUAGAACACAAAUCUUUACAGGAACAAAAAAAACUCAUUAAUCAGCUGACAUUAUCUGAGAAAGAAGAGAGAGAUAAUUUCAUGCAGUUGGCAACUGCAAUAAAAGAUUAUCAUAUUAGCCAAAACUUAAAUGCACAGAAAUAUAAGUAUUUAUCUAUUAUCGCGUCUGCCAUAUUUGCAAUUGUAUCAUUAAUCGGUUCAAUGAUACUUAAUAACAAAAGGAUAUUAGAUGUACGGAACACGAUAAAGACAGCACAAGACAAGAAUGAAUCAUUAUUUCAAAAGAAUAUGCACGAACUAUCUGAUUUUAAGAAAAUAUUACAAUCCUUUGAUACAAAGUUGGUAACAUUGAACAAACAACAAAGCGCGAUAGAUUUAACUAAAGAAAUUAAUAAAUCUAAUACGUCUAAUAUUCUUGUAUCUUCUGCCAAGUAUUCAGCAAAUUUGUUGAUUUCAGGGCUAAGUUAUGUUAAGAAAGGUAUUUAUGUAUGUGGAUCAUAUAUUUUUUAUAAAUAACACAGUAUAUACAUUUAAAAAAAUUACAAUUGUUUGAAUACACAAACCAAAUUUAUGCAAGUUUUACAUUUUUUUUAUCUACAGUUCAAUAAAAUACUUAUUAAAUUUUUUAUAAUCAGUACACAUAUAUUUAACUCAAGAAUAUUAUAAAAAAGCUAUUUGUAAAAAUAUGAAGAAUUCAGCUUUUUUUUCAUAAGAGGGGAAACAGGAGGAUAGUAAAAAUUAUGUUUGCUGUACACUUGCCAGAUAAAAUGCUUCCUAUUUUUUUUUUUAUAACUUAUGUACAUAAACGUAUUGUGAGCAUUUAUUUUCACUGGAAUACCGUACGUAUUAUAACAUUAUACAAUUAUAUAACUGUAGAAAUUAUAAAUCUUGAAUUGAAAUGUUACAUGAAGAUUGUAAUAUAAACAAGUGUUAAUA